AUGUUAUGGGGAAACAAGUUGGUGAUUGUUGCGUCUCAAGAGAUUAGAAUUGCGGCCUUGUUUGGAGCGGAGCAUGAUCCCAAUUGGGAGUUUGUCAAUGCACAGUACUGUCUUCUAGAGAGAAUAGGACGGUCACGAUGGAACGGUGCUGCCACCAUUGGGACCCAGAACUUACUGCAGGUGUUCAGGGGAGCCUCAGGUCACCUGUAUUAUGUCCGCAAGAGUUUACUGAGGCAUGGUUUUAUUAUGAGACAGGGCUAUCUGGAAAAAUGCCCUGGAGGCCGUAUUAACAAUGGCCGCCUGUUCCACUUGAAGAGAUUUUACCAACUACACAAACCCAGGUCUCAGGUUAUCUUGGAGAGUGCUGCAGCCUACCUGGAGGCUAAACCAGGGAACUGGGAGGUCACCUCAGUACUCAUUGAGAAAUUGAAUUUGGAUGAAGCUGGAACCAGAACCUUUUGGAAAUUUUGCAGUAACUACAUCAAAUCAAAACUCGUACCUUACCGUGAUGUUUAUCCUGAAGCCACGGAAGAAGAAUACAUGGCCAAAAAUAAAAUGGUGGAGAAGUCUGUGAGGAUCUAUACCCUGGUGAAACCCCUGAAGGUGGAGGAAGAGGAGGAAGAUGAUGUAGAGGAACCAGAAGUUGAAGCUUCAGCAACACAACUCUCCCCACUGGCCGAGGAAGUGUUGGAGAGAUCAAUGCUUCAUAUAGCCUACAGACUGAUCCUGUCCAAGGGCUUGGAAGGCAUCAGUGUUAAACAGGUGUCCAGUGAGCUAGGGAUUCCACAAAUUGAGGCCAGGGCUCUCCUUAAAGCCCUCGUGAAAAAGGAGCUCAUCUUUGGCUAUUUUGUUGAAGUUCAGAAAACCAAGAAGAAUAUGUUUGUUUCAAAUGUCUAUAAAGAACAGUAUCAUGAGCAGAAAAAGCUGAAAACUGCUGUUAAAUAUGAACCACCUGACGAAGAUGGGAGUAAAGAUAAUGCAGAAGAAUCGCCACACCCCAGUGAAAAUGUGCCCAGAGAAGAACUGGACAGUACAAUGGAUAUGACGAUGAACACUACAGCAGAUGGUAGCACUGUGACUGCCAGCACUAGUGUGGGUGAUGAGAAGUCUUUUGUCGACAUAAAACAUACUGAUGCCAAUCCGGAGGGAAAGAGAAAACAAAGCAGAACUGAUUUUACUGAGCGGGUUCUUAAAAGAAGACAGUAUAUUCUAAACUAUGUGCAGGCAGAGAAAGUUGUAGUUUUCAUCAAUGUGAUAAAGUAUAUAAAAUCAGAGGAACGAAAAGCUGGAAUCGCCACUGAAGUUGACAGAAGGACUGUUAAAAGACUUUUGGACCAGUUGGCAAAGGAAAGCAAAAUCAAGCAAUUGAAAACUGUUAUAAAACAUCUCGGCCGUGAAAAAGAGUAUCACCUGAUCAUGACCCCUGAGCUCACAGCAGACGACCCCCUGGUGCGGAGUGUGAUCAACAAAGCCAAGAUGGUUCAUCUUGCUGUGGGCAAAGACUCAGCCAAGGCUUCAAUACGUGCACAGACUGUACAGUCAAAAUUGAAGGACUUGGAAAAUAAGAGUGGAGAAAAGGGGAAGGAAGCAGACGUCAAACAGUCCAUUAAAAAGCUUAAGGUCCUUGCUGGGAAGCUAAAGCCAGGAGAUCUGCAGUAUGAUGCAAAAGCCACCAGAUCUUAUGGUCUCCAACCCAAGUUCAAAAAAGCUGAGAUAGUCCAUAAGCUACUGUGGUACCUUAUAUAUGAAUAUAAAGGAAAAAUUCCCGAUAAAGAAGCAAAUGCUCCUGGAAAUACAUCACCUGUGCCUUCAACUUCAACUGAGGAUUUGGAGGAGAAUACAGUGUCAAAAGGAGAAAAUAUUGAUGAAGUAGAGCCAGAAAUAAGUGAAGUCCUGGUUGCUGAUGAUGAAGGAAUAUCACCAGGCAACGAAGCUGUUGUUUACUUAGAUGAGUUGUCAUGGAGACGGUAUUUACCUCCACUGCCUAAGCAUCUUGGAUAUGGAAAAGGAUGGUUCCUUGUUAGUGAUGUCUUGUUCUCAAUGCCUGUCUGCAUGUUUUGUCACAUCAUUAGCUUACCAUACAGAAUAAAUGGGUUAUUGGAAAUCUUACAAGAUCCAGUGAAAAAGUUUUAUCUUGUGCGGCAUCUACCAACUCAGAUUGUCAAAGAGUUGUUGUAUGGCAGACGUUUCUUGUUCUGUUUUCAUGAAGUCCUGGAAACUCUGGCUGUGAUGGGGUUACUCUCCUUUGCUGAGAAUAAAAAAAUGAAAGAGAAGGAUUGGCAAUUCACCUACAUGUACAAGAAGGUCGGUCUCUUGGACACCAGGGAGUCGGCCCCAGGUUACAGUAUGAUCGAGACGGGGAGAGAUUAUCCAGUCAGAGAAUACGAGUUCAAGAAUUCUGAAGAUAUUGAGCAGUACUGGGUGGACCUCUUGCUCAUAUGUGGGGACACCCCGUUAGGGAAAGUAUAUCAGAAAUUUCCAGAAGAAGUAACAAGGCCACGUAUCUAUGACAUGUUCAGGGGGCUGAUUAAAUCGGCAACUUUUGCAGUGCCUGGUAACGAGCCCGAGGAGGGAAAACCCAUGGGGAAUGUAAACGGGGCUGCUGGAUUUGAUGCUAGUUUGAUGGCACAUUUGAGGAAGAACUGGCAGUGGAAGGCAGGGGCUGAGAAACUGUACACUCACUUAGACCAAGAUAAAUUUCUGCUGCAACACUGGAAAAAAAGUAGUGACCAAAAAUUGAAAAAGGGUCGUCUCCGUCGCUUGACCCAAAGAACAGAACUCGCAGAGGCCAGUAGUGGUGGAAUGACGAGGCAGAAAUUUUUAGUUCUGUCUCCUACAGGGCAAUCUUCAACACACAACACAGCCCCCCAGGAUCUGGCCCCUGGGUCCAAGGUUUACACUGUCCCAAUAGAGGUCAAGAGCACCAAGGACAUUAAACUGACCAAGGGCGGGAAGGGCAUGAAGAGGAAAGGCUUGGCUAAGAAAGGGGAAGGUCCAGAAGCCAAGAAAAAGAGGGAGGAAAUUGAAAGCAGAAGGGUUAAAAUAAAGAGAAGAAGGAAGGAAAAGAAGAUAGACGAAGCUGAUGUUUUAGCUGCUCAAAGAAUGAAUCGUCUCAGAGUGUUGUGGACUGCACAGGAAGAUAGUAUGCUAUUGUUGAUGAAAGUAACAUCGCUCUUUAUGAAUCCUCAUCUUCCGAAGUUUAUUCUUCCCUGGAGAGUGGUUCGAGACAUCCUCCAUGAGCUGUCCCCUACCUCCCAUGACAAGACCAGCAAAGCUUGUGCCAGAAGGGUGCUGUAUAUGAUGAAAAACCCUCAGACCAAAAACAAUGUCUCCAUCGUUCUAGGAGAGACUCUGCAAGAUCAGGAUCUGGUCACAGAAUUCAAAACCAAGAAGUAUUUGCCAAAAGAUAUGGAAGCCAAUGAGAAAGUCUUCAGAAAGCUUUUCUAUAAACUCAAAGAAAAGUUUGAGAGCAUGUUUGGUCCAGAGGAAUACGAGCUCCCUGCUACACUGGAGCAACUCCAGGCUAGACACACUGUGUGUAGUGUGGGGAAACUCCCUGGGAAAUCAGUGCACCGAGAUGCCACGUGUGUCAGAGACAUCCAGGCCAGCGUACUGCAUAACAUAGUUCAGAGUUCAUGUGGCACAGUGGAUAAAAUGGGACGUCAAUACAUGAUGUUCAGGGUGUACUCCCAGUAUCCUGAAGAUCUCCUCACUGAGGUAUUUAACACCAUGAGGAAUGACCACAUCAUCAGCAAGAAGAAGAGAAAGAGCACUCAUGAAAUGCUGUCCUUUCUUGCUACAAAAACCUUCCAUUUAUCCCAAAGGUAUUCUCAGAAGUUCCAAGUCUUCUCAUACCGUGCCACCAUCUUUCCUGAGGCCAGUCACUAUCUCUCCCUCUUGAAUAGGGAAGUUGGUCAUGACUUUACUGCAGAGAAUACAGGUGGUGGAUGUGCAGCUUUUAUCACCAUGUUGGCACUUGACAAGAUCACUUAUGAUAUAAUAGUGCCUGACAGAGUGAUUGACAUAGAGAGGAAAAGGAGUGCAGGUGAAGAAUCCCCCAAUGAAAGUGACCAAGGAACCAGCGGACAAAAGAGUGAAGGUCAAGGCCAGUCAGAAGGCCAAGGUCAUUCAGAAGGGGAAAUGCAAGAAAGCCCAUCUGAUGGUCCCCAAGGAGCCAAAAGUAGUGUUGAUUGUACUAAAUCAAUAUCCUCUCAGCAAAAGAGCAGCCGGACUGUACUGGGUCAAGCAAAGAAAAAUUUGGGUCAAGGAGAUGAGGUAUGUGGGUCAGUGACCGUGGAACAGAGUCGAAAAGAUGACAACAUGCCCCAGACCUCAGGGGAAAAAGCAGUUGUCGAGGAGGUAGCAUUAAUGGAAGAAGUCUUAAAGCCUGAUGAGCAGGAAAACUCAAUUGGGAAUGAAGAUAGAGAUGUUGCAGUUGAGACCAUGAAAUCCCUGUCAUCAGGUCUCUCUUCUGAUGUACCUAUGGAGACAGAUAUUGGAGAUAUGGAAAGUCAGCUGCGUCGCACCCUUGAAUUAGCAAAGGCAGUGAGAUUUCAAGGACCUGUGGUGGAUGACGAUGAAGAAGAUGAUAAUUUGGCAAUGAUGGAUGAUGAUGAUGAUGAUGAUGAUGAUGAUGACCCCGAGUAUGUUCCAGAAGGCUCUUGGCAGCACAAAAAGACAGAGAAGGGAAAAUCUAGUGCCAAGUUGCCAGCAAAGGGUCAGAUGAAGAAAUCUGGGACAGGAGGAGAAAAGAAAAUAGUAAAGAAACGGAAGGAAAAGCUGACCCCCAAGGCCAAAGCUCAAAGGCGAUGGGAAUUUAAAAUGAAAGAAAGAGAGAGCAAACCAUCCCAUAAAAAGAACACUGUGAUGAUUAACAUGGAGCAGUUGUUUUUUCAUUCCCAUAUUCGGCCAUUGAAACCAACAGAUACCAUUGUGCUGCGUUCUUGUGCCAUUGUUACGAAAUUAAAAUCGUCCCACUUUGCCUCAUCUCCAUCUCUUUCAAUCAACUCUGAAGAAAUUCUGAGCAAAGAAGUCAUUAAAUCAAUCAGAAAGUCUCAGACAAAGCUGAUUCCACAGAAGGUGGACUUUGAAAAUUUUCUGGAGAAACUGGCUGAGAAUCCAGAUUUGUCAAAGCAGGAUGUUGAAAAUGCUGCCUCCAUAUACAGAGCUGUAGAAAACUGGAAGGAGCUUGGAAUUACUUGGGUAGAGCUGCAGAGGUUGGUUGGGCAUGUGUCAAGGUUUUCCCAUCUCCUCUCCCUUCUGAUGGAGAACUUUCUG